AUGGCCUCAAGAACCGCCGUCAUCACCCCCAACGCUCCGCCCGCGGCCCCUUUCAUGUCCCAAGCCAUCAUCUCCAACGGCCUUGUCUUUUGUUCUGGCUCCCUAGGCCUUGACCCCGCAACUGGAAAGUUUGUAGAGGGCGACGUAUCUGACCGGGCGACCCAGGCUCUCAAGAACCUCGAUGUCAUUCUAGAGGCUGCGGGUUCUCGCUUGGCAAAGGCCGUCAAGAUCAACAUCUUCUUGUCUAGCAUGGAUCACCUCGCCCAGGUCAACGAGGCCUAUACCAAGUUCUUUACCUCUGAUCCCAAGCCGGCACGAACAUGCGUGGCGGCUGCAGCACUGCCACUGGGUGCAGAGUUGGAGAUUGAGUGCGUGGCAGCUCUCAACUAA